UUAUUGAAAUAAACUAAAAAGAACGACAAGCCCUAUACAACUCUGAAAAUGCAAAUUAGGCUGAACAGAACAUUAGGAAUAUACAAAUUAUAUAUAUACAUAAAGAAUAUCAAAACUAGAAAACAUUUUACAAAACGUGUGAACAAGACUAGUGUUUCCGGGGAAAAAAAUUCAAUAAGAUCAUGGUUCUUACUUUUAGUCAAGUAAAAGGGCAUUUACGUCAAUUAACUUAAGAAAAGGUGUGCUUUUUUAACUUUUCAAACUCCAAAAGGAAGGAGAGGAAAGAGAGGCGACCCUCUGCGAACUCCUGAAAGUCUCGGACAGACGCCCCCCAGCCCACCCAAUCGCCCACACGAACCAAAGAGAACGAACUUUCCGUCUCCUUCCUUAGGCCUUUAUAUGAGAUAUAUAUAUCUGGGUUUUUCCUCUGGACUCCAGAAUAAUACUAUAUUUGAGCUUUGUAUGAUAGCAUGUUGUUCUACAUAAAGGGUUUGUUCCAUUUGGUUUGGCAUAAAAACUUGGCAAGUUAUCCUUAGUAUUUCCAUUACUUUUUUGUGUAAAUGAAAGUUGUUAUCUAAGGAAAGUGAGCUGCAUGCUAUCUGCUUGUACAUUUUCAAUUCAAUAUUAUCUUCAUGGCCAUAAGACCUUCAUGUAAAGGAAGAUUCAAACCCAAUGUAUCCAACAUGGAAGAUAUUCAAUUAAAUACUACUUGGGAAGAUGUGUUUUGCCCGAUAUGCUUGGAGUUUCCACACAAUGGUGUACUCCUUCAAUGCUCAUCUCAUGAGAAAGGAUGCCAUCCUUUUGUGUGUGACACAGACCAUUUGCACUCAAAUUGCUUAGACCGUUUCAAAAGUGCGUAUGGUAUGUCAUCGGCUUCAACAUCAAAUGUAACUCCCACAGAAAACAGUGAGCCAGUGGUAUCUGAAGGUAACUAUAAACCAAGUUGUCCCUUGUGUAGAGGAGAGGUUACUGGGUGGGUGGUUGUUGACAAGGCUCGUCUGUAUCUAGAUGAGAAGAGACGUUAUUGUGAGGAGGAACAAUGUAAAUUUAUGGGGACAUAUUUAGAACUGCAAAACCAUGCUCGACUAGAGCACCCUCAUGCUCGUCCAUCAAAGAUUGAUCCUGCUCGUCAGCUUGAUUGGGAGAAUUUCCAGCAGUCCUCUGAGAUCAUAGAUGUUUUGAGCACUAUUCAUUCCGAAGUCCCACGUGGUGUGGUUUUGGGAGACUAUGUAAUUGAAUAUGGGGAUGAUGAAACUGUAGAUGAAUUUGAGGACUUCCCUGGGGAUGAGGGGAAUUGGUGGACCUCUUGUAUCCUUUAUAAGGUGUUUGAUAACUUCCGGAGUUCUAGAAACAGAAGAAGGUCAAGAAUUAGUGAUACAAGAAGUGGAAAUCACCGUACAAGUUAUGAUAGUUCCAUUUCUGAUGGGGGUUCUGUAACGUCUGUAGAAUACUCUGAGUAUAGGGUAGAUGAGACUGAUGAUGAUUUUGUGAGUACAAAUGUCCCAAGGGAUACCACCAAUCGUCGCAGGUCAGUACUGCCUCUUCUGUAUCUUAAUCUUAAUUGUCUUAUGGGAUGAUAUUGUUAUGGCUGUUGUCCAUUGAAUCUUAAGUUUUAUUGCUGAUUGAUCGAAUCUCUUUACAUUGGUCAGAUUUCUGCCUGCUUUUAAUUUUGUACAUCAAUUUUUCAUGACAUGAGUUAAUUGACAUUAUCUAAAGGGAAAUACU